CAGCCUCAUAGCAACUGAGCAAAUUUCGAUUUGAAAGCCCUCUCCACUUUCUCGAUCAAUAGGCCAGCCAGAUCUGCGAGACAACAAGCGAAAACCCUUUCCCUCUCUCUCUCUCUCUCUCUCUCUCUCUCUCUCUCUCUCUCCGUAUACGUCCGUCGCUGUGGUCAGUGGUAAUUGGAUAUGCGGCGGUGUGUGUAAUCCGAUCCGUCGUUGCGGCUUUACCAGAUCUGAGAGUUUUUGUUUGUAGUGUCUGGGCAAAAUGUUGACGAAAUUCGAGACGAAGAGUAACAGAGUGAAGGGGCUGAGUUUGCACAGUAAGAGACCGUGGAUCCUCGCCAGUCUUCACAGUGGCGUGAUCCAGCUAUGGGACUACCGGAUGGGGACUCUCAUCGACAGAUUCGAUGAGCAUGAUGGUCCUGUGCGUGGUGUUCACUUUCACAAAUCUCAGCCACUUUUUGUCUCAGGAGGAGACGAUUAUAAGAUUAAGGUUUGGAAUUACAAGUUGCAUAGGUGUCUGUUUACUCUUCUUGGACACCUAGACUACAUCCGUACUGUGCAGUUUCACCAUGAGUGUCCUUGGAUUGUGAGUGCAAGUGAUGAUCAGACUAUCCGAAUUUGGAAUUGGCAGUCACGUACCUGUAUUUCUGUCUUGACUGGCCACAAUCACUAUGUCAUGUGUGCCUCAUUUCACCCUAAGGAAGACCUUGUUGUAUCAGCCUCUCUGGAUCAGACUGUCCGCGUCUGGGAUAUUGGUGCCUUGAGGAAGAAGAGUGCUGCUCCUGCUGAUGACAUUCUGCGGUUGAGCCAAAUGAACACAGAUCUAUUUGGUGGGGUCGAUGCUGUUGUAAAGUAUGUGUUGGAAGGUCAUGACCGUGGGGUCAACUGGGCUGCAUUUCAUCCUACCUUGCCUUUGAUUGUAUCAGGAGCAGAUGAUCGUCAGGUGAAAUUGUGGCGCAUGAAUGACACAAAGGCUUGGGAGGUGGACACAUUGAGGGGUCACAUGAAUAAUGUAUCAUGUGUCAUGUUUCAUGCCAAGCAGGACAUAAUUGUUUCCAACUCUGAGGACAAGAGCAUUCGUGUUUGGGAUGUAACCAAACGAACUGGUGUUCAAACUUUCCGCCGGGAGCAUGAUCGAUUUUGGAUUCUUGCAUCUCACCCUGAGAUGAAUCUCCUGGCUGCUGGUCAUGAUAGUGGUAUGAUUGUAUUUAAGUUGGAAAGGGAAAGGCCCGCUUUCUCUGUAAGUGGUGACUCUUUGUUCUAUGCCAAAGAUCGUUUUUUGCGGUUUUAUGAAUUUUCAACUCAGAGAGACACACAAGUGAUUGCUAUUCGACGUCCUGGCUCUACAAGCUUAAACCAAGGUCCUCGUGCUCUUUCAUAUAGCCCCACAGAAAAUGCUGUUCUUAUCUGUUCUGAUGUUGAUGGGGGCUCUUAUGAGCUCUAUGUUGUCCCAAAAGACAGUAUUGGUAGGAGUGACACUGUACAAGAGGCAAAAAAAGGUCUGGGAGCAUCAGCUGUCUUUGUGGCUCGAAAUAGGUUUGCUGUGCUUGAGAAAAGCACCAAUCAAGUUCUAGUCAAGAACCUUAAGAAUGAAACUGUUAAGAAGAGCAGUCUCCCAAUUGCUGCAGAUGCAAUAUUUUAUGCAGGAACAGGCAACUUGCUCUGUAGGGCAGAGGAUAGGGUGGUUAUAUUUGACCUUCAGCAGAGAAGUCUGAUUGGUGAUCUUCAAACUCCAUUUGUUAAGUAUGUCGUUUGGUCAAAUGAUAUGGAGACUGUGGCCUUGCUCAGCAAACAUGCCAUAGUUAUCGCUAGUAAGAAACUUGUUCACCAGUGUACCCUUCAUGAGACAAUUCGCGUGAAGAGCGGGGCCUGGGAUGACAAUGGGGUUUUCAUUUACACAACAUUGAAUCACAUCAAGUACUGUCUUCCUAAUGGAGAUAGUGGAAUAAUAAGAACCCUUGAUGUGCCAAUUUACAUCACAAAAGUUUCAGGCAAUACGAUUUUUUGCUUGGACCGAGAUGGAAAGAACAAGAUUAUAGUUAUUGAUGCAACUGAAUAUAUCUUUAAGCUGUCUUUAAUGAAGAAGAAAUAUGACCAUGUAAUGAGCAUGAUAAGGAACUCUCAGCUCUGUGGCCAGGCAAUGAUUGCUUAUUUGCAGCAGAAGGGAUUCCCUGAAGUUGCUCUCCAUUUUGUGAAAGAUGAGAGAACCCGUUUCAAUCUGGCUCUUGAGAGUGGCAACAUUCAAAUUGCUGUUGCUUCAGCUAAAGAAAUAGAUGAGAAGGAUCACUGGUAUAGGUUGGGGGUGGAGGCCCUUCGUCAAGGCAAUGCUGGAAUCGUUGAGUAUGCUUACCAGAGGACAAAGAAUUUUGAGAGAUUAUCUUUUCUUUAUCUCAUCACUGGAAAUAUGGAGAAACUAUCCAAAAUGCUUAAAAUUGCUGAGGUCAAGAAUGAUGUCAUGGGCCAGUUCCAUAAUGCUUUGUAUCUUGGUGAUGUCCGAGAGCGUGUAAAGAUUUUGGAGAAUGCUGGGCACUUGCCACUUGCUUAUAUCACUGCCUCAACCCAUGGCUUGCAGGAUGUUGCUGAACGGCUGGCCACUGAGUUGGGGGAUAAUGUUCCUGUUUUGCCAGAGGGGAAAGUGCCGUCCCUUCUGAUGCCACCACCCCCUAUUUUGUGUGGUGGAGAUUGGCCCCUCCUGAGAGUCAUGAGGGGGAUAUUUGAAGGUGGGUUGGAUAACAUUGGGAGAGGUGCCCCUGAUGAAGACGAAGAGGUGGCUGAUGCCGAUUGGGGUGAAGAACUGGAUGUGGAUGAUAUGAAUGGUCUACAGAACGGGGAUGUUUCAGCCAUCCUGGAGGAUGGGGAAGGUCCUGAAGAAAAUGAUGAAGAGGGAGGAUGGGAUCUUGAGGAUUUGGACCUUCCUCCUGAGGCAGAUACUCCUAAGGUUUCUGCCAAUGCCCGCUCAGUGUUUGUGGCCCCAACUCCUGGCAUGCCUGUAAGCCAAAUUUGGAUUCAGAGAUCUUCUCUUGCUGCUGAACAUGCAGCAGCUGGCAAUUUUGAUACUGCAAUGCGGUUGCUGAGCCGGCAAUUGGGAAUUAGAAACUUUGUGCCUUUGAAACCCAUGUUUAUUGAUCUUCAUUGUGGGAGCCAUACCUAUCUAAUGGCAUUUUCAUGUGCUCCAGUGUUGUCCUUGGCAGUUGAACGGGGAUGGAAUGAGUCUUCUAGCCCAAACGUAAGGGGUCCUCCGGCACUGGUAUACAAUUUCUCUCAGUUGGAAGAGAAACUUAAGGCUGCUUACAAAGCCACGACAGCUGGGAAAUUCACCGAGGCUCUUCGGCUUUUCCUUGGCAUCCUACAUACCAUUCCGUUGAUUGUGGUUGACUCAAGACGGGAGGUUGAUGAGGUCAAGGAAUUGAUCAUUAUAGUGAAGGAGUAUGUUCUGGGUCUGCAAAUGGAACUCAAGAGGAAGGAAAUGAAAGACAAUCCUGUACGCCAGCAGGAGCUUGCUGCUUAUUUCACACACUGCAACCUUCAACUGCCCCACUUGAGGCUAGCAUUGCAAAAUGCAAUGACCGUUUGCUUCAGGGCGAAGAACCUCAGUACGGCUGCAAAUUUUGCCAGACGGCUUCUAGAGAGUAAUCCUACUGAGCAACAAGCAAAGACCGCCAGACAAGUGCUGCAGGCUGCUGAAAGGAACAUGAAAGACGCAUCUCAGCUGAAUUAUGAUUUCAGAAAUCCAUUUGUGGUUUGUGGAGCAACGUAUGUACCCAUCUACCGAGGACAGAAAGACAUGUUGUGUCCGUACUGCAGUUCCCGCUUUGUCCCGAGCCAGGAAGGGCAGCUCUGUACUGUUUGUGAUCUUGCGGUGGUUGGGGCAGAUGCUUCAGGGUUGCUCUGUUCGCCUUCCCAGAUAAGAUGAUCUAGCUGUUGAACCAGAACCAGGAGUGUUUCUAUAGCCAAUCCUGGCAGAAGUGGGCUGUUCAUUCUGAUGAUUCCAUCAUUAGACAAAGGUAAGAAACUUACUGAACAAGAGUUGAAUUUGCAUAUUGCUGCUGCUGCUCUCCUGUCUACUCCCACUUUUUUCUUCCUUUUUGUUGUUUUUUUUUUAAUUUUUUUUUGGUGGUUUAUUUUGGCGCGCAUCUUUUUGGCCCUUCAUUUUGUUGAUUAUGAUUUUGAAUGUAAUAAACAAAUUGAGAAUUUUGGCCUGGGGUUGUUCUUGUUAGUUGUUCAUAGACAAGAAUGCCCUGGGGCAUUUGUUAAAGUAGACAUCGGUCAUAGUUAAGACGGCUUAUUAUAUGGUGGCACCCCUGCAAUGAAAAUGUUGUUUGUUAAA